AUGCACAACAACACGAUCAAGAUCGUCUCCUCCAUCGACGUCGAAUCGCACAUUCUCCCGCGCAUCACCCUCUCUUCCCUGCUCCGUUCUCAAGCGAUUGCAUUGCACUCCCUCCUCCGCUCUUCAUCCUUCACCUCAACCCCAUCGCAAUGUCCACCACGUCUCUCACUCACCGCGCCCGACUACACACAAUUGUUUAUGCCAGCCCGCAUCUCCUCUUCUCCCGGCAGCGUGAUCAAAUGUGUUUCCGUUCCCAAACCUUCUUCUUCUUCCGCACGCUCCGGCAUUCCGGGCGUCAACCUGCUUUUCGACGAUGACACGGGCAGACUCAGCCAUGUAGUCAACAGCACCUGUCUCACAGCGCUUCGCACGGCUGCUGGCUCACUUCUGAGCUCAGUACUAGCAUUAGGCAAGGUGAAGGACCAAGUGAAAAGUAUACUUGUGUUCGGUGAUGGAGCGCAAACUGUGUUUCACAUUUGGUUGCAUCUGCGCUACUUUCCAUCUAUCAAGCAAGUGACGGUGGUUGUAGGUCAACAUCGAAACCUCACUGCAGAAGAUGUUAGAGUGAAAGAGGACAAGUUGCAAGCACAGCUAUCCGCACUGCUACACAAUCGAUCGCUUUCGAAAUGCAGCCUCACUUUCCUCAGGGCCGACUCGGAGAAAUCACAGGUCGAAACAGCGUUGGGAACAGCAUCGAUCAUCUGCACUUGCACCCCCUCAACAGUUCCUCUAUUUGAUCACUCCUCAGUAGUAUCUCCCAUUAGAACACACAUCUGCGCAGUGGGAUCAUACAAGCCAACCAUGUGCGAACUUCCACCAGAAGUCGUCAGAUCAGCUUCCAGCCAAGGAUCCCUGAUGGUGGACAGUAAAGAGGCAUGCAGCCAUGAAGCCGGAUGUCUGAUUCAAGCUGGACUUCAGGUCGAAGAAGGAAGUGUAGAGCUGGGCACACUGCUGCCUGAUCCGACAGUGGGAGAAGAGGAGGCGUAUUUGGAGAGAUUGGAGAAGCAACAGUGGAAAGAGGCGGAGGUGAGUGUGUUCAAAUCCGUCGGAGUCGGCUUGCAGGAUGUUGAGGCGACAAAGUUAGUUGUGAGAUUGAGCGAAGGGUUUGGUGUUGAUGUUCCCUUUUAG